CGAUCAGAUAUUUUUACCCAGUUUCUAAAUAUUUCCACCCUGCCAUCAAGAAUGCAAGAUACAAGCAGAAGAACAAGCACAAAUUCAAAGCCCGCGUUUAGUUAAAGGAAUGUGGUUGUUGGUAAGAAAAUAACGACUAUAUGGCUCGCAAGAAUGUGGCAAAAACCUCACGUUUUAAAAGAUCAGAAGAUGUUUCUGUAAGAGAUGACAAGAAACAAAUGAAACAGCCUAUUGGAGGAAGAGAUGUGCUUUACGGAAUAGCUAUUUUAUCGCGCAUUUACUACAGCUUAUAUUGGGCGAACGGCGAUGUUACGGAGUUCGGGGUCACACCAUCUUCGUGGAUGGCACUUUCAACAUUGGCCAUAAUGGCAGUACCAGGAGUUUCUGCCUUCGUUGUUGCAAAUGCAAGACCCCAUCACGUCUACAAAGUGUUAUUUUGGAAUUUUAUUACUUGUGUUGUGCUUGCUACGUUGUGGCUCUUUGUAAUUUUUGUUGAAGCAACAUUUCUUUCACAGUCAGCAUAUGAAAAUGAUUCGACACCACCAAUGAAGCUGGGUCUAUACCCGCAAUACAGCCUUAUUUCAAGUGCUACAUUUGGAAUUACACUAUUUUUAGCAAGUUCGCGGUACAGCCCUUAAGUAAAAAACAAUAAAUUUUGUUUUGUCG